AUGUCUACCAAGCCGGAACGAGCAGAAGCCCGCGCUGCCGAGACAGGUCACGAUAUUAUUCAUGGCGCCGGCCAAGAACAGUCCACCCGUGUCAGUCGCGCAGACAAGACAGCUCCGAUGCCCGAGCCCUCGAAAGGAGCCGGGCUCCAGAAGACAAGUGGUAGCGCCGGACAAAGUCUGGGAACGACCCAAGGCGGCAGAAAUCGGACGAACUAG